ACAGAACAGACUGGUAAUCGGUGCCCAACACCCAGCUCCCAAUAGCUCAGCUGAGGUGGACCCUCCCCUCCUCCAUUUACCACCUCAUGGCGACCAGAGAGCCCAUCUUGCCCUGAGGGGAGGAGAAAGCAGGAAAGAACAGCCUGGAAGAUAAUAUGAUCAAAGAGAGUGGCAUGGAAAGAGCAAUGAAGAGCAUGUACUUAAGCAGCUGGUUAACCUGUGCCAAAGGAUGGAAGGAAACUAAUGCAAAUGAGAAAACAAAGCCUCUGAACCUCAGCAUUUUUAUUUUACUUCAGACAAUGCAGUAAAUAGAUAAACAAAAAUAAGAAACAAGCAGGGUGUGUGGGUGCAGGGGUAUAAUAACUUCCCCAGCUCAAUAGGGGGAAAAACUUUUCUGGGAUUUUAGAGGUUUUUGUUUUUUAAAAAACAACAGCACUUUUAACAGAAUGACAUGAUUCAGCUGCUAAUCUCACAGGACGGACAGUCAGUUUAAAAGUUAGCAGAAGGGUAGUUGAUUCUGCUGAAGAAAUACCUGAGUUUGGUUUAUGGAAGGACACCGGGGGAAGAAACUCAAGCAUCUGUGGCCGGCCAUUGUGAGAAGAAGGAUGUUGGCCUUUGGUCUGAUUCGGCAGGGCUCUCGGAUCAAGCUAACGUUAAAAGCCCCUCAUUUUUCUGCUCUUUAUAUGUUUUAUCUUUGGAAGCUAAGUGUGCGUCCCUCCCCCUCUUAAGCUCCAGGGAAAACUCCAGUCAAUGGAAGCCUGAGGAGAGCUUGUUCAGGUUGCCAAUAAAAAGGGAAAGUAGCCGACUCUCCAUCUUCCGACGGAAACGAUCCAGCCCCCCGCCCCGCUAGAACUGAAGGAGAGGCGAAGGGCUCUUUGGGCAUCUAAUAGCCUUCAAGGCUCCCGGGUUUGGAAGGAGCUGAGCUUAAGAAGAUCCUACGUGCUGCCUACUGAGGGAGCCUGUGAUCGCCUUGGGGGCAGCAGGCAUCGUGAAAGGGUGACGAAUGCCCUCAGUUGUCCCCGCCGGGCCGGGGGCAUUCGCAGCUGGGAGUGGCCAGGCCGCCAAACGAGUGAGGGAGAGAGCGGAAGGAAGGACAGGGCGGGGAGGUGAGCCUAUUCUCCCAGGGCCAGCCCCCUUGUUUCACGCCGAGGAAAUCCGCUAUGGGCAACCACCCGCGCCCGCCGGAGCGCCCGCGCUGUCGCCCGUGCGCUCCUUCUUCUGCUGAGGCUGCGCCCCCCCCAGUGUCCUCGAGAGGGCAGCGCCAGGAAGGCAGCCGAAGUCCCUGGACUGGUGGGGGACAACUCUCAAACCCUGUGCAUCCAUCCAAGUGGAGGGUUACUAGAAACAGCUGCAGAGGCCGGCUGCCGUUCCAGAGCUGUGGUGGGGCAGGGAUUCCUAUGAAGGAAAUCUCCUGAAGCUCCUUGGAGUCUUUCUGAGCUUGUUCAGCACCUGUGACUGCUGUGUAUUUGCCCUAUCAAAAUGGCUCUGGAAAACUUCACACAACCUCAAUAUCAUUCACGACCCACUGACCUAAGUGGUGGCCUGCAGGGCUUGUACAGUAUGGUGCACUCUUUCCUGGGGCUAGUACAACCCAACACUUUUCCAGCAGAUCUUCUGACCCGCCUGAUCCAGUACAAGGCUAAGAUCACAAAUCCAGAGGUGUACAAAGAGGUGCUCUUAUACGAAGCAGGCUUCCUGGCUUGCAUUGUCAUUGGUCUUCUUUUCAUCAUCCUUGUGCCCCUGGUGGGUUUGUGCUUCUGCUGCUGCCGUUGUUGUGGGCGCUGUGGGGGCUUAAUGUACCAGAAGCAGGGGAAAAACACCGACUGCAAGAGGCGGACAUUUUUUGUAACUCUGCUAGCUGUCACUACCAUUCUUCUGGCUGGGAAUAUUUGUGCAUACAUCAGCAAUCACCAUAUAUCACAGAGUGUAAGUGGAAGCUUCAGCACUUUGAACAAUACAAUGGACAACCUGCACCUGUUCCUGCAUUCUAUCCCUCAGGAGAUCGAUGUCAUCAUUGACUCCAGUUCAAUGCCACUGAAUCAAGCCAAUCAGAGCUUGCAAGACAUUGGGCAAACUUUGGGGAACAAGAUCAAGAAUCAACUAGGUGGACGAAUAAAUGCCGCACUGGACAGAGCUGAACAUCUUUUCAAUGCGAUUAGCUUUGUGGAAAAGGAACUUCAGACAGUCAAUGACUCAAGAAGUUACUUGCAGCAGCUACAGAAGGAACUGGACCAAAACCUGACCAUCGUGAGGGAUGAUAUCAACAAAACUUUGCAAGAAUGUGGCAGGCCUUGCCAGAAUGUGUCAGUGGAAAGACUGGAGCCUGGGGCCAAUCUCACUGCGAUUCCUGAUGUCAGCCGCCCACUUCAGCUGCUAGCCAAAUUGACAAAUUCAAAUCCUAAUGAUACCAUAGCGAAGGCAAGAAAAAUUCUGGCUGAUAUACCAAAGAAUGUUUCUGAACAAACAAAAACAGUUGUGUCUGAAGCACAGGCUCACCUGCAACGUGUCAAGAAUGAGACUGAAGAUAGCCGUGGUAACUUUUCCAUACUGGGCACAUUGGAGAAUAUCUCUACAUUCAUGAAUGAUAUCAUCAACGUGGCGAGUAACUAUGAGGCAGACAUUGUCACCUAUGAUGGCUACAGGUGGAUUGUUGGCUUCUGUCUCUGCUGUCUGGUGCUUGUGAUAAUUGUAUUCAAUGUGCUGGGCCUGUUGUUUGGAGCACUUGGGCUAGACCCACAGGUGAUGCCUACCAAACGAAGCUGCCUCUCUGACACUGGUGGGAACUUCUUCAUGGCGAGCAUUGGGUUCAGCUUCUUAUUUUCAUGGCUGCUGAUGCUGCUGGUUCUACUGAUGUUUUUAGUAGGGGGAAGUACAUACACACUGGUGUGUCGGCCGUGGGCCAGUGGGCAUCUUCUUCAGUUUUUGGACACACCAGGGUUAUUCCCCGAAUUCAACCUGACCCGGCUCUUGCAGCUGAAUAGUUCUAGUGUGAACCUGUCCAGCAUGUACAAGAACUGUGAAAACAAUGCCCCCUUGUGGAGUACUCUUCACCUAGAUGAGAUCAUCCAUCUGGAUGAGAUCCUCAACAUCAGCAAGUACACACAGAACGUUAAUUCAACCUUGAAAAAAAUAAAUGUCAGUUUGGGUUCUACUGAUCUCCUGAGUGAUGAGCAGAAACGUCUCCUGCAGGAACUGGGCACAGAGGAUGGGCUGCUGAAUCUGAACUUUGACAGUGCUCUGGAACAAAUCAACCAGAACCUGACAAAACAAGACCUGUCUGCCUUGGCUACGGAACUAGAACAACUGGCAGAAAAGCUAAGUAUUGACGAUCCAUCUAAAGAGAAGUUGAAACAGCAUGCUAAUGAGUUGAAAAAGAUCCAAGAUUGGAUCAACAUCACUUUUGAUCCUGAGAUGCAAGUCCUGAAGAGCAGCAUUCGAAACCUACAGGCGUCUGUGCCUAAGAUCCCGGAGCUGGUGAACUCCACGUUGACACAAAUAAACAAUACCCAGAUAUUUUUGACGCAACGGAUAGAGGAAAUUGUCAAGAAUGAGACUUUGGCUUUUGUAAACACUCUGCUGGGUUUCUUUGAAUUAUAUAUGGACUGGGCGAAAAGCACCAUCAAAGGGGAAGUGGGCCGAUGUGGCCCUGCAGCCUGGGCAGUGGAUAGUGUGAAUACCGUCAUCUGCAGCUGGAUUGUUGAUUCACUGAAUGCCUUCUGGUUCAGCCUAGGUUGGUGCACCAUCUUUCUGUUGCCAAGCAUCAUCUUGGCCGUGCGGCUUGCCAAGUUUUACCGCAUAAUGCACAUGGAUGACUACUACGUGGAUGAUGUCAUGGAAAGCAUGGAACUAUCAAGGCCACCAAGCAUGUUCAAAAUACCACGGGCAGAGUUGAAGGAGUAGUGGCUUCCUUGUCACCUAUCCAUCUCUGAACAACACUGAAAAUGUCUACAGAACUCCUGUACCUUUCUUGCCAACGUGAAGAAUGAGGAUCACCAUUCUGAAGCAAAUUCUCCCUGGCCAAGACUGAAAUUGGUGCAGUAGGCUUUUUCCUGCAAAUGAGACUAUUAAGAGUAACUGCACUCGCUUGCAAGACCUCUUACACAAGUGCAGGCCCAGAUGUACUCCCAAAAUUUAGCCUUACAUGUGUGUGCUCUGCAUGCCACUGUCCUAUUGUAAAGACCAGGCUUGCUGUCUCUGCACUAUGCCCUUUUUGCAAAUCUAUGAUCUUACCAGUGGGACUGUGGGAUCUAAUGUCACAGUGUGGAUGGUGUAGUGUGUGUAUAUGUAUUCUGGAGAGCCUGCCUCUUACAUGCCAUGAAAUGACCCUAAUGGCUGAGGUUGGUGGCUGACUGUGGUUCUCACUGUCCACAAUCAUUUUGGCUACAGCUACUACAAUCAUUCCAUCCAGAAGCAUCAAAACUAUGCUGCUUCCCCCCCCCUACAGAGACACAUUGUGUUCAGAAAUGUUUUUUGAUAGUAAUAGAUCUGGGAUUUUGUGUGACACAACUAAAAUGACUGAUAGCAGCUAGAGAAAAGCUUGAUAACUGUCAUGGGCUUUGCAGGAAGCCUCACACCAGGCAACAUGACAACUCUCCAGAAAGGGGGGCAGAGCUGACUUCAGUCUUAUGAAGAUUACCUUUUUUUGGAACUUGUGGCUCUCUACUGUGCAUUUACAUUCACAACACAAGAGUGCAUGUUCUUGUAUAUCUUAAGAAUGAAGGUAUAACUAAACUGUAUACAAUGAGUUGAAAGCACAGUCUUGUUUAAAAAUGUAUAGUGCCUCGCUGGACCAGACCAAGUUCCAUCUAGUUGUAACAUUCUUUAUAUGGGUGGGGAACCUGUGGCCAUCCAGAUGUAGACCCCCAUCAGCACAAGCCAUCAUGGCAAAUGCGCAGGGAUGGAAGCUGUAGCCUGGCAGUAUCUGGAAGGCCACAGGUUCUCCAUUCCUGCUUUACAAGAAUCCCAGAAACCAGGAAAUGGUAGGUGGUCCCAUCUUCUGCCCAUCCCUACUCUAAAGGAGCAAAGAAAGGAGCAAGUAUGAGCCACAGCAAAAGACAAAACCAAAAAACCCUACUACACAGUUUUAAUACAUGUGUGCAGACAGCAUGCAUUGCCUUAUGCUAGCCUUCACCAAGCUGGUGUCCUCCAGAUGCUUUGGACUGCAAUUUCCAUCAGCCUGAGGUAGCAUCCUGGCUGAGGCUGGUGAGAGUUGCAGUCCAAAGCAUCUGGAGGCCAGGUUGGUGAAGGCUGGCCUAAGGCUGUGGCGAUGGCACUUUUUCAGAUUUCAUUUUGUCCCUUGCUAUCUCAGUAUGUACAUUUGUGCAUUCCGCUGUCAUAUGUGCUUCUUCCAUACCCCACCCUUCCUUGAUUUGCCGCUAUUUCCCCCAAAUAAUGUUGAAAUUAUGCAACUAUAUUGUGACAAAAAUGUAGGCCUUAUUGCAGAGAGUGGGGAAAACUCUAAUAGACUUUCAUUGUAAACUAACAGCAGAAAACCUUGCAUCUCUUUAAUGAAUUAUAAGAUUUUAGUAAGAAAACAGAACUAAUCAGAAACAGCAGAUGCCAGUUCCUGAGAUGCACUGCACCAUCAGUAGAUUGUGCACCCCCCAAAUGUUGGUCUAAAUUUACUUGGAAUAAUGUUUAUAUCAAGGUAUCAGAGGUGAACAAUAUCAGUAGGCUAUAUAUUUUAAAAAAUGGGUCUGUUUGGUAUUGCAGUGAUGUAUUUUCCCAGGUGGAAAAAAAUCUAACCAUUUAAAAUAAAUUUCACACUGGAUUCA